UCUUCCUUUUCCCUCCAAGCAAAAUUCAUCUCAAAAUCCAAAAACCCUAACCCUAAUGGCGACCGUAGGACUCAACCUACUCUCGUCCUUCAAGGGCCUUACCCUCUCAUUUUCCUCCUCUUCUUACCUCAACGGCGACCUCGGCUCGAUCCGAAUCGGCCAGCAAGUUUCGGUCUCGUUCCCAAUGAAAUCUCCAUUGACGAUCGAAUCCGCUCACAAGAAAGGAGCGGGGAGCACGAAGAACGGCCGAGAUUCGAGGGGGAAGAGGCUCGGGGUCAAGAUCUAUGGCGAUCAGGCCGCUCAGCCUGGUGCUAUUAUCGUCAGGCAGCGGGGAACUAAGUUCCAUCCUGGAAACAAUGUUGGGCUGGGCAAAGACCACACUAUCUUCUCACUGAUUGAUGGUCUCGUGAAGUUUGAAAAGUAUGGGCCAGACAGGAAAAAGAUUAGCGUCUAUCCGCGCGUAGAACAGCCAGAGAACCCGAACAGUUUCAAAUCCAGGAGAAGGGAAUACUUCCAGCUUCAGCGUGAGCGCAAGAAGGCAAGGCAGGAAGGUGCUCUCCGUCCCCAGCUAGUGUUUGCCUCUGCCGGGGACGUUUCAGAGGCCAAUCCUGCUUGUUGAUAGACUAUCAUUGUAAAUUUCGUUUUAAGCAACCCAUGUGUCAAUUUCAACCACAUCCCCCCUGCAACAAUGAUUUUAGAUGUAAAAAAGAGGGUGAAGAUUUUGAAGAGACGUGCAUUAGCAAUGGAUACGAUGAGAGAUGAUGAUACAGGGAAGAAUAAUAACGAUACCAGCGGCUGUAUUUGUUGACUUGAAUGUUGAUGCGAGUGACGACCCAUAUGAGCUUUCUCAGGCUCAUCUCAUGCGUCGCGCCAAAACCAUCGCUCGCAAGGCCUGAGCUCAUUACAUGGUUCAGAGCUGUCUCCUGUUUGUUAUUAUGAUUGCAUGUAUAAGAGCUUUGAGUUAGUACUCUCAACAUUUCUUUACAUAGUGAUAUGUGAUAUAUUUUAGGGUUCUUUUCUUAAUCCUGAAACUAACUUUUUAGUCUA